UCUAACAUCUAGUGUUGGUUUACGGCAGUAAAUUUUCGCACGUUCAAUUGAAAUUUCCUUCAUGGUGAUGUAUACAAAUAAAAAUCAUGGUGUGAUGCACGUUAAACUGAUUUUCCCAUAUAUAUUAAUUCAAAAAUGAAUUAAUCUCGGGCAAAAUUUUAUGUGAUCCUUACUAACUUCCAAUCAAAUAUUGGAUAAAAAAUAGAUAUAAUUUGAAAAUUAUCUUGAUACUACAUUCGUUUUUAUUACAGAAAAUUUACAGGGUCUGGAAAACCAAAUUUCACGUUCCAAAAUUUGGGUAUUGAGUUACGAGAUACCCCAUAGAUUUAACUUUAUUAAUUUGAUUAAUAACCGCAUUCAUAGUCCGUUGUUCUGCCACUGGUAAGCUUCAACAACAACAAUCAACAAGUUAAUUUCUAAAUAACCUUCAAGUUUAAAACUCUGUAUAUGAAUCGUUUGUAACAAUGUGAGUGACUUAAUUUGAUUAUAAUCAUGGAUAAUUUGAUUUUAAUCGAGGAUCCUGGAUUAAUUAAUGAAGUGAGUCUGUGAUAAUUUUAUUAGUUUUUUUUUGAGAUCAUUAUUUAGUCUUUAAUACUCCACAUGCUACGAAUAUAUCGAUAAUAUGGUUAUUUUUUCACCUCACGACCAAUAUGUUCCAGUAAUUGUAACUUUUUGGGUUUUUGUAGAUCCAAAAUUUUUUCAUCACCUAGUUUUUAUAUUCUUGAAUGAUCCCCCUAUAAAAAACGUAGCAUAGAACGGUAAAUCAAAAUACUAAAUUGAACUUUUAUUGUGUCUUAUUCUUAAAAUAUUUUUUUACAUAAAAAGUGUUUUUGUUAAGUCCUGAUCAUAUCGUACCACUUUCUAUUGUUCAAUCCCUAUAGAAACUAUGCAAAAAUAUACAAAGUAACGUCUUAUUACAUAACGAGUCCUAUCACCCAACUGUGGUCAUUGGUACUGGACAAAAUCCUGGUCUAGUGCCAUCUACAAACAGUAAAAUUGAAGCCAGGAAAUCUGAAGAGCGAAGAAAGCUAGAAAUCAGUGACAAAUCGAUGGACCAAAUGCAUAGAUUGUUAGGCAAAGAUACCUCAUUCGAAUGACGUUCUGCGUGGUGUCGAAAAGGUUUAGAAAAAACUACAUCCACCGAUUCACAGCUACCAGUUCUUUCUUCUAUUUUAGUCCGUUCAAUCCGGUCAGAAAAACAUGUAUAUAUUUGUGCACCAAUCAAUACUUCGAUUAUUUGGUUAUGGCAACCAUUUUGCUCAACUGCGUCUUCCUCGCCAUGGCCGAAACGAUUGAAGAAGCCGAGUAUAUUUUUUUAGCGAUUUAUACCCUCGAAAUGAUAAUAAAAACGGUUGCGAAAGGUUUUAUAUUGAACAAAUAUACAUAUCUAAGGAAUCCUUGGAAUUGGUUGGAUUUCGUUGUCAUCACCAGCGGUUACGCUACCAUCGGUAUGGAGGUGGGCAAUCUGGCUGGUCUGAGAACAUUCCGAGUGUUGAGGGCAUUGAAAACUAUAUCGAUAUUACCAGGCUUGAAAACCAUCAUCAACGCCCUCUUACAUUCCUUCAAACAGUUAGCCGAGGUUAUGACCCUCACAAUCUUCUGUCUGAUGGUUUUCGCGCUGUUCGCCUUGCAAGUAUACAAAGGGGAACUGAGAAACAAAUGCGUGCUCAAAAUGGACGAUCACAACGCUUCCUACGAGGUCUGGUAUAACUGGACUUCGGACCCUUCGAAUUGGUUACGACGUAACUCAACAGGAGAGCCGUAUCUGUGCGGGAACGUCACCGGCUCCCGACAUUGUCCACCGACUCACACCUGCCUCUGCACCGGCGGAAAUCCCAACCACGGUUACACCAGCUUCGACAAUUUCCUGUGGUCGAUGCUAACAACGUUCCAGCUCAUCACUCUCGAUUAUUGGGAAAACGUAUAUAACAUGGUGCUGUCAGCGUGUGGUCCAAUCAGCGUUUCGUUUUUCACGGUAGUAGUUUUUUUCGGAUCGUUCUAUCUUAUUAAUCUAAUGUUGGCUGUGGUAGCUCUUAGUUACGAAGAAGAAGCAGAAAUUACUCAAGAGGAGAGAAAGAAGGAACUGGUGGACCACCGAGAGGAUUCCACGUUUAGUUUCGAUCCUUCGACGUUAAACGUAAAAAAAUUGUCGAAACAGAAAAUAAAAAAAAUCGACGCCAGAAAAGGAGUGCUGUUAUCGUCUUACACGAGAAAGAAGACGCGACGCAGAAAAAGAAACAGAAGUUGUACGAAAACAGGCGCAACUGAAAACAACGGCAAUAAACAAGAGACCAAAGACUCCAAUAUAUUUCAGAUGUCUCCAAAGAAAAAUAGUCGGAGAUCUGUCACGCCGAGUCGCAGUCCUAGUCCAAGACAUAGUAGCACACAUAGUCAACAAAGUCAAGAAUCGCCUCGACCUCAAGCUUUGCCCCUUCCCCAUCCUCUUCCGAAACACGUGCAACUCAACGAUCCUAAAAGAACAGAUACUUUACAUCCUCAUAAUACAUUGGGUCCAAAUCCGAAUAGAUUAGGUCUGCAAAGUAGACAAGCCAGUAGUAACAGUGGCGAAGGAAACAACAGAGAGUCUUCCCUUGAUGAUUCAGGUGUAGUCGACGACCACGAACCGGAAGGGGAUGCUACGUCGGAGGAAGUUACCUCUCACCUUACUCCAAGCAGUAGGAGAAUUGAGGUGACACCUGUCACAGUGGCAGUAACUCCCAAGCAAAUAAAAGUUAUCAAAUGCAACGGCGUGGGUAGCUGUAAGAAGAAGGAGAUGUACACGCUUCAACCUGAUUAUCUCUCGCAUAUCGUUGUUAUUAAUCAAGAAAUUCCUGAUAGAAAUUGCAACGGUUGCGAGCAAUGUUGUAUAGAUUACGACGGUUGGUUGCAGUUCCAGCAAGGGCUUUAUCAGAUCGUAAAAGAUCCACUGUUCGAACUGGCUAUCACGGUAUGUAUAGUCCUGAAUACCAUGUUUCUCGCGAUGGAACACCAUGGAAUGAGCGAGUCUAUACUUAGAGCUCUAGAUAUAGGAAAUAAGGUUUUUACUUCCAUAUUCACCUUCGAAUGCUGUCUGAAAAUAAUGGCUCUGAGUAAAGACUUUUUUCAUUGUGGAUGGAAUAUUUUUGAUCUUAUUAUUGUUUCUGCUAGUUUAUUAGACCUGAUAUUCGAACUGGUUGAUGGACUGUCGGUAUUAAGAGGUCUACGUUUGUUGAGAGUAUUGAAAUUGGCUCAAUCUUGGAUAACAAUGAAAGUACUUCUCAGCAUUAUUAUAAGUACCAUUGGGGCCCUAGGUAACCUAACGCUGGUACUAGCCAUAGUAAUCUAUAUAUUCGCUGUAAUCGGUAUGCAACUGUUCGCCAAAGACUAUACAGAGGAAAAGUUUUUUCCCGAUCCAGUACCAAGAUGGAAUUUUACAGAUUUUUUUCAUUCCUUCAUGAUGAUUUUUCGUAUUUUAUGUGGGGAAUGGAUUGAGCCACUUUGGGAUUGUAUGAGAGCCGAAAAAGCAGAGGGUUCGGGAACUUGUUUGGCUGUUUUCCUACCGACUUUGGUUAUGGGCAAUUUCAUGGUACUGAAUUUGUUUUUGGCCUUGUUACUCAACAGCUUCAACUCCGAAGAGUUAAAAACAAGAAAGCAGGAAGUCGGUGAUGAAUCCAAAUUGGCUCAAAGUUUUCAACGUAUCAGAGAUCUUGUAAGAAGACGACGAUUGGAAAAAGAAAAUGAAAACAACUCAAGAUUGGAGCAAAUCGUUAGAGAAGUUAUGCAGAGACAUGCCGAAGAAGAGGCUUUACGGGCAGCGGAGAAGACGUUGAAAUCCUCCCCUCAAACAAUCGUCGGAUUCCCAAGGGAUAAACGCAGCUAUCAAGAAGCUAUGAACCGUCCCAUCUCCAUAAUCAGCUACGAUCCACCGGAAUAUCAAGAGAGAAUUCCUGAGGGCGAGAGGAGUAAAAUAUCUUCCAAAUUAUAUAGGGGUGUAGCGAAUACGUCAAAUGAAGGAGGAAUGUCCUUGAAAGGUGAUAGAAGAGAAACAAAACUUUUGCAGAAUAUGUCUUCGGGAUUAGGUACAACUAACAGUAGCAAAGAAGAAACCAGCGAAAUCAAUCCGAGCGUCAACAACCAAUGCGCGACAGCGGAUUCGGAAAACGAAAAUACGCGCACGCCCAAACAAAAAAACGCUGAUAACCCCUUCGAUGGUGGAGAUAAACCAUGGCAGACUUUGGUGUCUUAUGUAGACGAACUAACAGUUGGCGGUAGAAGAAAUUCCAAAGGACAGUAUAUCGACAGUAUGGGAAAUUUUCCUGGAUUUGGAAAGAAAAAACCGCCCAGAGUUGCUCCCGAUUGUUUUCCGAGUAAUAUAUAUGAAAAGUGCGUAUGUCUGAACAAAUGCGCGAAUACUAAAGUAGGAGUAAAGUGGACGAAACUAAGGCAAUACGUGAUGAGUAUAGUAGAUACUUCGACGUUCGAAUGGUUCAUAUUAGUUUUAAUAUUCGCUUCGAGCGUAACGUUAUGUUUUGAAGAUAUCCACUUGGAUAAAAGUCCUGAUUUGAAAUUGGUUUUAUACUGGACUAAUCUCGCUUUCUCUAUCAUCUUCAUAAUUGAAAUGUUCCUUAAGUGGAUCGCUUUGGGUUUCCAUAAAUAUUUUACCAGUUUUUGGACUUUAUUGGAUUUUUUGAUAGUUUUUGUAUCUUUAUUCAGCUUGUUAAUAGAAGAAAAUGAAAAUCUAAAAGUACUACGAUCUCUUCGAACCCUAAGAGCGUUAAGACCUUUGCGAGCAAUAAGUCGAUGGCAAGGCAUGAGGAUAGUCGUCAACGCACUUAUGUACGCCAUUCCGAGCAUAUUUAAUGUAUUAUUAGUGUGCUUAGUAUUUUGGUUGAUAUUUUCCAUAAUGGGCGUACAAUUUUUCAGCGGGAAAUUUUAUAAAUGCGUGGAUGAUGAAGGAGAACGUAUAGACGCUUCAAUUGUUGACACAAAAUGGGACUGUUUGAAACAAAACUUCACAUGGAUGAAUUCCAAAAUAUCAUUCGAUCACGUGGGCAUCGCUUAUUUAGCUUUAUUUCAAGUAGCAACUUUCGAAGGCUGGAUGGAAGUUAUGGCGGACGCUGUAGAUGCUAGAGGUGUGGAUUUACAACCGCAACGAGAAGCCAACCUCUAUUCUUACAUAUAUUUCGUCAUUUUCAUAGUUUGUGGUUCUUUUUUCACGCUAAACUUAUUCAUAGGAGUAAUAAUAGAUAAUUUCAAUAUGCUUAAGAAAAAGUAUGAGGGAGGCGUUUUGGAAAUGUUCCUCACGGAAAGUCAGAAGCAUUAUUAUACCGCUAUGAAGAAAUUGGGUAGGAAGAAGCCGCAAAAAGUUAUAAAGCGACCGAUGAACCAGUGCCUGGCAAUGUUCUACGACCUGUCGAAUUCUCGCCGGUUCGAGAUAGCCAUAUUUGUUUUAAUUUUUUUGAAUAUGCUCAGCAUGGGUAUCGAACAUUAUGGGCAGCCGCAUUCCGUGUUCUUCGUUCUAGAAGUCAGUAAUGCGUUUUUUACCACGGUUUUCGGAUUAGAAGCAAUAGUGAAAAUAAUAGGAUUAAGGUACCACUACUUCACUGUUCCAUGGAACGUUUUCGAUUUUCUAUUAGUUCUGGCUUCCAUUCUUGGCAUUCUCAUGGAAGAUAUCAUGAUAGACUUCCCUGUCUCUCCAACGCUUCUUAGGGUAGUUAGAGUUUUUAGGAUAGGAAGAAUUUUACGAUUGAUCAAAGCUGCCAAAGGUAUAAGAAAACUCCUUUUCGCUCUAAUAGUAUCGCUUCCAGCAUUAUUUAACAUCGGUGCUCUUCUUGCUCUCAUCACUUUUAUCUACGCUAUUAUCGGCAUGUUUCUUUUCGGCCACGUCCGCCAACAAGGCGCCCUAGACGAUAUGGUGAAUUUCGAGACGUUCGGUAGAUCUAUGCAUCUGCUUUUCCGCUUGAUUACCUCAGCAGGUUGGAACGACGUUUUGGAAUCGUUGAUGAUAGAAUAUCCAGACUGUGAUCCGCAUUAUAAAAACCAGAGUAACGGUGAUUGCGGUUAUCCCCUGUUAGCAAUAAUAUAUUUCACCAGUUUCAUUAUUAUAAAUUAUAUGAUAGUUAUCAAUAUGUACAUCGCCAUAAUACUCGAAAACUUCAACCAGGCUCAUCAAGAGGAAGAAAUCGGUAUAGUAGAAGAUGAUUUAGAAAUGUUCUACAUCAGAUGGAGCAAAUACGACCCUCACGCUACUCAAUUCAUCAGAUUUACUCAACUGUCUGACUUCAUAGCGUCUCUGGAUCCUCCUUUAGGGAUAUCCAAACCGAAUACUGUGGCCUUGGUAAGUUUCAACUUACCGAUAGCGAAAGGCAAUAAGAUACAUUGCUUAGACAUACUACACGCGUUGGUGAAGCACGUUUUAGGACACGUGGAAGAGACCGAAAACUUCCGACAGUUACAAGAGCAGAUGAGCAUCAAAUUCAAGAAGCAGUUUCCCACUAGGAAGGAACUGGAAAUCGUUUCCUCGACCAGAAUAUGGAAGAGGCAGGACAAAGCUGCCAGACUAAUCCAGAAGACUUACAAGGAUUAUCAGAAACGCAAGAAGGAAAGAGACCGCGAACAAGAAGACGAAACGACUCAAACUUCAUCGCCCGGUACUGGUUGGCAGGGAAGAUUAUCCGCUUUUUUACACGUACAUCGAGGCAGUCGCGCCUCUUCUCGCAAAUCCUCAAGGGCGUCUGACGCUAGCGAUCUCAGCGAACUCGGCGGCCCUUGGCUGAACUUACCGUUGCUGCUGCUCUCCAGCGCCACCAACAUGUCCCCCGAGGAGUUGGAUUUGACGCGCGACGCCGUCGAUGUCAGCAUCAAAGUCAGCGAGGCUACCCCGGAAUCUGGUACCACUCCCGUCACCCCCGUCCCUUCAUCCCAGCCCCGACGUAGAAGUAUUUACAGUUUUCCUUUCUUUUUACGUCAUCAAGACGCCGUAGAAAAACCCGACGAUAAGUCGUCUUCCCCUCUUCUCGGUCACAAAGAAUUAAAAUCUUCUCAGACUCUCCAUCCAAGCGUAGCAGAAGAAAAACCGAAAAAAGGCAGCAUUAUUAGAAGAAAAAGGGCAGGGUCUGUGAAAUCUCGUCCUACGUCGAUGACGGGUAGCGGGUGUCAACGAACUCAAUCUGAAAAGUGUACCAGUUUCAGUAGUGACGUAAGCAUUCUGGUGACGGAAGCGUCGCCCGAGAGCCACUCGACGAGGCCACCUUUAAAUCGGCAAAAUAGCGAAUCCACCGUAAUUCAAGUAUUGGUACAUAGAGAAAGCGAAGAAUACAAUAACGAAGAAGAAUCGGGAACUAGUUGUCCGAUAAUAACUGAACCUGCGCACGAACAAGAAUCGACUGACGUAGUUGUAGACUUAAAUGACCUUGAAUCGUGCAGCUGAUCUUUACCCAAUCGAUAAUUCGAUUUUUCAAACGAAAUAUCCGGAGGCAUUUGAUUAAUAGUGGGUUAGAUUUUUUCGUCUUCUCUAAAACUCGUGAUUGAUAUAAUUAUUGUGGAAAAAUAGCUGAAUAACUAGGAAAGUAGAUUGAACUAAAAGUAUACGAAAAGCCUUCAAUUUUUAAUUUUAGUAAUCGAUACAAAUAUAACUAUGAAUCCAUGGGCAGUAAAUAACAACUAACCAUACUUUGUAUACUUAUAAUCUUCCUUAUUUGAAGUCUUCCCAUCACUUCUAGAUAUUUUGAAAAUAUGUUAUGCCCCUUGUAUAGAGUUUUAAUCAAAAUAUUCUUCCAGGAAAUCAUAUUUUGUCAAAUUUUUCAUUAUCUAUUCUGUUUUAUGAUAUAUAAUGGUGAAAAUACAAAUGGCCCAUGUAAAUAAAAGCACUAAUUGCGAAUUUACUUAUUUCAAUUUAAAUUUUUUACUUACUUCUUUGCUUCCAUUCUAUAGACGUGUACAGUAUAUUUUUUGAAUAAUGCACGUGACGAAAUUAGUCAAAUGAAAUUUGAGUUGUGCCUUUCUAGGCCUUAUCAUUAUAUAAUGAUAAUUAAUAUUUUAAUAAAUUAUAAACAUAACCUAAAAUAUUUAUCAAAUGCCAAGGAUAUAUUUGUUGCAAUAAAAAUUUGUAAAAUACCAAAUAUUUAGAAAAGAGCAUAUUCGUAUUACAUUAUAUUUAUUUCCAAAAAUGACAAUCAGUAGAAAAAUAUAAACAAAACGAAAGCUACUUUUAUGAGACGAAAUUUAUCUAUAUAUCUUUUACUUUGGGUCCAAUUUUCAACUAUAUAUAAGCUUCGAUUCCAAUAGAUAUCAGUUAGUUGAAAACUAGUAUUAUAAAAACACACUAUAACGUAAUUAAAGUCAAUUGAAAUAAACUCGCUUGUAAAUGCUUCAAAUAAUAGCCGUAAACUUUCCACACACUUGCGCAUGAGACAUCCAUCUAAGCAACCACCCCCAGAAAUAGAACCCCCACCUAACAUUUCGACAGGUCCUCAUCUUCUUUAACGUCGCAGUUUCGCGCUUAGACUCUGGACGUCUUAAUAUGUGAGUAUUUUCGCUAUCCAACCUCCUUCGGCAACCGAACGGUCGGUCCUCCGUCUUCUUUUCAUCUGUCCCCAAUUCAUAACUCAGUACUUGCUUAUGAAGUACGGAGUUACCGUGUCUUCUUGUGGAUAAUACUUUCAUAUAUCAAAAUUUAGAUAUUUAUACGUUAUAGCGAGAUUUUUGUCGUUUGACACGCGUCAAACGUCACAUGUCACUUUAUAAUGUCAAGUAGUUUUAAAUUAAAAACGUCAUACGAUAUGCUCUAUGAUUAGUGGGAAGAUAAUGUGGCGCAAGACAGACACGCAUAUAUAUAUAUAUAUAUAUAUAUAUAUAUAUAUAUAUAUAUAUAUAUAUAUAUAUAUAUAAGCAAUAAUAAACUGGGAGUAACGUUGUUAGAUCAUUACAAUCAGGUUAUGUUGUCAGCGUAUUGUAUUAAUAGUAAACGCUGUUUCCUUCUUCCUAAUUCUUAUUGUUUAAUUAAAACAAUAACUUAGUCUCGAAUAAAUAAUAAUGACACAAUACGGGAAAAUGCAUCUAAAUUGUAAAAUCCGGCAACAUUGCCGUGAUAAAAACUUUUGAAUCAAUCAAUAGAAGAUUUUCGAAAGUAAAAAAUAUUGAAUCUGACGACGAUAUCAGAAGUGCAUCCCCAUUUUGUGUCGAUUAUUUUUCUAUAUAUAUAUAAAUAAAUAAGAAAUAUAGGUGUUUGUUUUAUUUUCGAUAUUUAACUAAUGUGCGUGCGCCGAAUACAGUCUGCAUUUUAUAUUUUAAAAUUUCGUUAAUACUAAUUAAUAAAAGUGAGAUUCGGCGAACGCGACGCACUGAUUUGAGUUGAUUUGUAUAAAGCAGUAGGUUAAAUUCUAAAAAAAUUUAAAAAAAACGCCGAAUGGUGCAGUCAGAGAUUUAUAUAUAAAUAAUGUAAAGAAAAAUUUUAAAUCGUUAUUAGAUGAUAGUUCAUAUUUUAUAAGUUGUUUCGUUUUCGAUUUAGUACAUUUAAAUGGAACGUCUAAAAUUUUGUAAGGAAUUUAGUUAAAAGACUUAAUUAUAAGUAAAUUGAUUAAAUUGUGUCUUUUUCGUGUCAUUAAGUGAAUAAUUAAAAGUAAAAAAAUAGGAACAAAGUCCAUGUAUAAGGAAAUCUGGACACGAGCGGUCAUUAACGUGAUUGGUUAGCCUCAAGCUAAGAAAUUAAUGGCGAGUCCAAUAAGAGAAGCGCGCGAAACAGUGAUGUAUUCAAAUGACCUAUAGGGACAUAUUUUAAAACUAUAGUUCUAUGGAAGUAAAAACAUUAAUAGAUUUAAAUAAUAAAAUUACAAGAGACGAUUCAAAUGACAAUGUUUAAGUAAAACACAAGUUUGGUUUGUUUUUGUUUACAUUCGCGAGACCACAUGACAGGUGACAAACGCACAAGCGCGUGCGCCAUUAAUUAAAGAAAUAGACCCAAAAAUCUCACUCUUACACAUCAGCGUUUUAGCUCGUAUCCAGACUUUCGAAUACAUAGAAACAAUCGUCGACGCCAUCUAGUUCAAAUUAGUAAAACUAUUAUUUUAAGUACAGUAACAAAGUCAAAAUAAGGAUUAUCAUACAAAAUAAAAAUGCAGUAAUGUUUUUUGGGUAAUUGUUCGAUAUAGGUUCCAACCCUCCGAUGACCUUGACCUUAGAAUAACCUAACCUAGUUUCUAUCCUUCAAAUAAAGUUAUUUUUGCUUUUCCGGCGUGGGUCAAAUCUUGCGUUGAUACUUACCACCUCCCCCCUUGACCAACAUAUUUCAAGGUCAAGGUCACCAAUAUCAUCUAUAUCGAAGAAUUUCCGUUGUUUAUUUAUUACAAGGAAAUGUUUCAAAUAAAAUAUAAUUCAAUUAAAAUAGGGGGUUUAUAGAUUUCGUUUGCUGUUUGUUAUUGUUUAAAAUUUUGAUUAUACACCGAGAGGAUAUUUGUCUUUGAACUAAUUACAUUGAAAAUAUUUUAUACUUAAAUGUACUGAUAUUCGAGUUGUUGAAAAUAUAUCAUAUAGAUACAGGUUAUUAUAAGGUCAAUUAUUAUUAAAAGCAUAUUGUUGAUUUAUAUGGACUAUAAAAAGAUGUACCCAUACAAUCAUAAAAGUAUUAGAAUAGAUUAAAAACUUAAAUAAAAAAAUAGUAUUUCAAUUAAUAUCGUCUUUUUAUCGUUAUUAAAUUAUAGAUAUAUAUAUAGUAUGCUUCGUUUUUUUUACAAAUUUUCGUUUUUAUCUUUAUAUUAUAUGAAAAUGACAAAUAAAAUUAUAGUU